CGAUUGUCCUUUUUUGACUCACUUGUUCUUCUUCUAAAGAAGGCGAAGUUUCUUCUCUCCAGAAUAAUGUUGAUUCUCUGUGUUGUGAUCCUCCAUAGGAUAAAUCCCUAGACAAUCCUCUUGAUCGCGCUUUUCGUUUCGAAAAAUUUAAACUUUUUAACUCCGUUGAUCGAGAUGGUACAGUCAGCGGUGGAAGUUCUAUUACCGUCGGCGUGGGAGAUUGAGGUCGCGGUGGUCGCUUCUGUGUUUUUAAUCGCUUCCUAUUGGCUAUUCGCUUACAGAGGAGGCGGAGAUGACGAUGUCGUCGGUGUUGGAUUUGAUCGGUCUCGUCUCAUGCAGAAUCUCGAUUCCGGUGACGCCUUUGACAAAGACAAGAUAGGACACUUGAGAGGAGACACUCAAACUAAUGCUGCUUAUAUAGUCAAGGUGGAACUCUUGGCUGCUAAGAAUCUAAUUGGUGCUAACUUAAAUGGAACAUCAGAUCCUUAUGCUAUUGUUAAUUGUGGAUCAGAAAAGCGAUUCAGUUCUAUGGUCCCUGGCUCGAGAAAUCCAAUGUGGGGUGAAGAGUUCAAUUUUCCCACAGAUGAACUUCCUGCUAAGAUUAAUGUAACAAUUCAUGAUUGGGAUAUCAUUUGGAAAAGUACUGUUCUUGGCUCAGUAACUAUUAAUGUUGAACGUGAAGGCCAAACGGGUCCAGUGUGGCACUCAUUAGACAGCCCGUCUGGGCAGGUUUGCCUUAACAUUAAUGCAAUCAAACUACCCGUGAAUGCUCCUAGGGCUGUAACUGGAUAUGCUGGAGCCGGUAGAAGAAGGGUCACAUUGGAUCAGCAAGGCCCAACAAUUGUACAUCAAAAGCCAGGGCCUCUGCAGACGAUAUUUGAUCUCCUCCCGGAUGAGGUUGUCGAGCACAGUUAUUCAUGUGCCCUGGAGAGGUCAUUCCUGUAUCAUGGCCGAAUGUAUGUUUCCGCGUGGCACAUAUGUUUCCACUCCAAUGUUUUCUCUAAGCAAAUGAAGGUUGUUGUCCCUCUCGGAGAUAUAGAUGAGAUUCGUAGAAGUCAACACGCGUUGAUAAACCCAGCUAUAACAAUCAUACUACGGAUGGGUGCUGGUGGACAUGGUGUUCCCCCUCUUGGGACUCCUGAUGGUAGAGUGAGGUAUAAAUUUGCAUCAUUUUGGAACAGGAACCAUACACUAAAAGCAUUGCAACGUGCGGUGAAUAAUUAUCAUGCAAUGUUAGAAGUCGAAAAGAAGGAGAGAGCACAGUCUGCUUUGCGUGCUCAUAGUAGCUCUGUGAAAGGAGGUGGUAAAGUACAAGUGAAAGCUCCUGAAGAUACUGCAGCUGUACCUGUAAAGUUUCAGGCUUUCAUCAAAGAAGAAGUCCUUGUUAACAUCUACAAUGAUGUUUUUGCCAGUACACCUGAGCAAGUCCUGAACGUCUUGUUGGCUGAUGAUUCCACUUAUACUAAUGAGUACAGAUCUGCACGGAAGGAUAAAAAUCUUAAUAUUGAGCCGUGGCAUACUGCUGAAGAAUAUGAUGGUCAAGUUAGAGAGAUUAAGUUUAGAUCCAUUUGUAAUAGUCCGAUGUGUCCACCAGACACUGCUGUGACGGAAUGGCAGCAUGUUGUUCUAUCACCAGAUAAGAAAGUGCUGGUUUUUGAAACAGUGCAACAGCCACAUGAUGUUCCUUUUGGUUCUUACUUUGAGGUCCACUGUCGAUGGCGCUUGGAAGCUAAAGACGAGACUUCAUCUGUUAUAGAUAUAAGAGUCGGUAAGUAAACCAAAGUAAUGAUUUCUACUUUUCCGUGUGAAAUUUUGCAAAGCACGUUGUGUGGAAUCUCUUUGGCUUCCUCAAUAGGUGUACAUUUCAAGAAAUGGUGUUUGAUGCAAUCGAAGAUUAAAGCAGGGGCAAUUGACGAGUACAAGAAAGAAGUGGAAGUGAUGCUAGAAGUGGCAUUGUCGUAUCUCAAGUCACACUCUUCCUCAAGUAGCCAUGGUGAUAUAGACAAGUCUGCUCUAUCAUCUCCAACACCAGAAAACAUCAGCUAAAACCUAAUUUACCAAAAUCAAAAAGCUUCUCAAAGUUUCAUUCUCCAGCCAGCUAAUUAAGAUCAUCCACCAUCAUUUUUCUUCUUCUUUUACAUGUUAAAGUGUAUAUGUGGUAACAGUAAUUAUGAAUGGAUAUUUACAGAGGCUUGUCUGAUUUCUGGUACUUGUGACAAUAACAAAGGAAAAGUUUGGGUUCUCUCACAACUCUAUUUGUAUUGGCAAAUACAAAGUAAGUGACAAUUCCAAUUCUGAGAG